CGUGCGGGCCCGCACUCUCCGCCGAGGUGUCCCGACACCGCGCACGACCCGAGGCGCACCUCGGGCUAGGCGGCACGUGAUGCCCUCCGCCAGGCAGCGGCGGCGGAGUCGCCGGCGGCGCCGAAGACGACAGCUCGUGCCCUCCGCCACGGCGAUGACGCCCUCGGUACCGCUGCCGCCGUAGACGAGUGCCUCGUCACCGCCGACUCUCGCGAGGAGGGAAAUUCAAAAGGCGCCCGGCGCUAGUGGCGACGAACGCGGAGGACCGGCGUGCCGCAACCGCCGGUCAUCGGGCCCACGAUGCGCAACAUCGGCAGCUGUUGCUGCGGCGGCGGCAACAACAGCUACUACUCGAAUCACGACAAGUGCGGCAGCGGUGCCGCGACGCCGACGAGUCGUCGUCAGCAGCUGACGGCCGCGUGAGAUGCCGUCAUCGGUUCCCGUGUUGGUCGCCUGCAUGGUGUGCGGCGCGCUACUGAGUCGCGCGGCAGCCACCGCUCUCGGGCAGCAGCAGAUCGUCGUGCUUCCUCACGAGGACAGGUGCCGCGCGUUCAAUGCCAGCACGCUGCGAUACGCCACGGAGACACUGAUCUCCAACCACACGCAGCUGGCCGCGUACCUCGCCGAGUCCAACAUGACGCUGGUGGUGCGCAACGCGACCGACGUCUGCAGCACCGGCGGCCUGCUGCCCCUCAUCGAAGCGAUGGAGGACCCACGCGUCGCAGGCGUCGUCGGUGGCCUGGACGAAGAAGUGUGCGCGGCCGGCGAACUGCUGGCGCAGGUGCACCGGAAGCCCCUGGUCGUGUGGAACUGUCACGGCUACGCCGCAGGCGCCCUGCCGGCCGACAAGGCGUCGUCCGUGUACUUCGGCCGCGUGUCGUCCAAUGUGGCUCUGGCUGCCUUCGCCGUGGCCUCGUGUCUCAAUGACCUCCGUGUCAAGUACGCGGUGUUGGUGGUGUGCGAAGAGCAGCCGUGGCUCGCUCUGGCCAACGAGCUGGAGGCCAAGCUGAGGCCCUCUGGUCUUGUCGUGCGCCGUGUCAUCGCGCUUUCGCCCAAUGCCAAACUGGAAGAAGUGGACGCUGCUCUACGGGUGAUCAAGGCGCCCGUCAAAGCCGUGUUGCUGUCCAUGGACCCGUGGGGCGUCCUGCUGAGCCGCGCCCUGAAGGCGCUGCACGCGCAGGGGGGAGUGGGCCGCAGUGCGGGCUCCCCGCUGGCGCUGUUCCUGGUGAGCGCGCCGAGGGUCCUGCACCCACGCGCGCUGCUCUCUCCCGCCCUGCUCGCGCUGGAUGCUGCGGCGCCGGAGCUGCUGCGCACCCUGUUCGUGGUGACGUUCGUGUCGACCGACACGUCUUACGCCAAGCUGUGGAAGGACCGCCGCACGCAGCAACUCUACCGACAACUGGCGGCGCGCACUUCGGCCAGUGAAGUCUACGCGGCCUUUCGUUACUUCAACGCCGUGUCGCUCCUCAUCACUGCCCUCUGGCGGUCGUCGAAGUCGAAACCGUCGAAUGGAGCUGCUGCUCUGCCCGCUGAGUCCUUCUUCAUCAACGGCACUUACCCCAGUCUGCCGACAUCGCCCAGUCGGGCUGACGCUCGGGGACAGGUCCAGAGCAAAGCCGUGCUGCUGGACUACAGCCCCGGGGCCCGGGGCUUCGUGUCCGUGCGCGAGACGGAGUUCCGCGACGCGGCCCAGCCGCUGCGCAGUGGAGCCUACCAGGUCUCGGACCGCGGCUCUUCGCGGUCCUGGAUCGGGCGCGUCGACUGGCCGGGAGGCCGCAGGCUGGAGCCGGACCCCGAGUGCGUCCUCAAAGAGGUCAACUGCGGAGGAGCCUGGGCCAGUUUUCCCCUGACUAGCGGAGAAACCGUGGGCGUAACAGCGUCUCUGAUCGUGUGCCUAUCGGCUGCCUUGGGAGUCGCCGCUUUGGUCAGACGCAAGCUGGCUGUCAAACAAAUGCGCCGACGAAUCCUGCUCUCGCAACAAGAUAUCAGCCUCUCGCCUCCGGUAAAGAAGGCUUUCGACGGCUACUACUUCGAGCGUCCCGACAUACUCAGAGGCUCUCAUGAUUCCCUCCGGCAGGCGCAUACCAACAGCAGCGUUCAGAGUCUGCAUGCCAGCCUCGAUGACAGACCUAACUGUGCGAGGCUAAAGGCGAAGGGGGACACAGUUUAUCUUAAGUAUCUCAUAGUCCACAGCCCCUUCGAGAUAAAGACGAAAGCAAUGAAACAACUUCAGACCAUGUACGAGAUACGCCACGAGAACGUCAAUCCUUUCCUGGGUUGCCUGGCGGACCCGUCGCAGCCGGCGCUCGUGUGGGAGAUGUGCACCCGAGGUUCGCUCACCGACGUGCUGGCCAGCGAAGACAUCCGCCUCGACUGGACCUUCCGCCUGUCGCUCCUCAACGACCUUGUCAAGGGUAUGAGGUACCUACACAACUCGCCAAUAAGACAACAUGGUCACCUGACGUCACGUAACUGUGUCAUCGACUCUCGCUGGGUGCUCAAGGUCACCGACUACGGGAUGCCCGCCUUCCAGGAUCUCCAGGCCAUCGCAACGCUAGUGCGAUCUGCCAAAGACCUCCUGUGGACGGCGCCCGAGCUGCUGCGCGGAGACUGCUCGCUUCUGCGCCGCGGCACCCAGGUCGGCGACGUGUACAGCUUCGCCAUCGUGAUGCAGGAGGUGCUGCUCAGGGGAGACCCCUACUGCAUGCUACCCCUAACGGCCGAAGAAAUCAUCGAGAAGUUGAAGCACCCGCCGCCUCUCAUCAGGCCAUCUGUGUCCAAGCAAACAGCCCCACCCGAAGCUCUGCAUAUCAUGCGUCAAUGCUGGGCCGAGUCUCCUGACAUGCGGCCUGACUUUGACGUCAUCGCGGACCGCUUCAAGUCUCUGUAUCACGGAAGGAAAGCAAACAUCGUCGAAACCAUGUUUCAAAUGCUGGAAAAGUACUCCAACAACCUCGAGGACCUCAUCAGAGAGCGGACAGUGCAGCUGGAUGAAGAGAAGAAAAAGACCGAGCAACUUCUCAACAGAAUGCUGCCGAGCUCCGUAGCAGAGACUCUCAAGGCCGGCCUGCCCGUGGUGCCAGAAAAGUUCGAGGAAGUGACCGUUUACUUCAGCGAUAUCGUCGGCUUCACGACAAUAUCAGCAUACAGCGAACCAAUGGAAAUCGUAGACUUUCUGAACGACCUCUACACGGCUUUCGAUUCGACUAUCAAUCACUACAACGUCUACAAGGUGGAGACCAUCGGUGACGCGUACAUGGUGGUGGGCGGCCUCCCCGAGCGCACCCGGGACCAUGCCGAGCAGGUGGCCACCAUGGCGCUGGACCUGCUGCACCACUGUGGCCGCUUUCGCAUCCGACACAUGCCCAACGUGCCUCUCAUGCUACGCAUCGGAUUGCACACAGGGGCUGUUGUCGCUGGAGUGGUGGGUCUUACCAUGCCGCGGUACUGCCUGUUCGGAGACACCGUCAACACAGCGUCCAGGAUGGAGUCGACCGGACGAGCAUACCGAAUUCACAUCAGCAAGACAACAGAGAGGAAGCUGCGACAAGCCGGGGGUUACUCUGUCAGGUACAGAGGAGAGAUUGUGCUCAAGGGCCGCGGACGACAGCCAACGUAUUGGCUGAUAGGAAAGCAAGGCUUCAACAAGGCUCUGCCCGAGCCGCCUCAGGAUGACGAAAACAGAAUGAAGAUACUAACGUAUCUUUUCUUGCUCAUAUGCUGCCAGUUGGAACAACCACGGAUUCAAGGACGAGGAGAUAUUCAAGGCACUGGGUCGCAAGAAAGCAGACGACAUCCUGGACGCACCACCGUCGCCACUGUCCCCCUGCGGCCACAAUACGGUUGACGGCAACGGCGGCAACGGCUCCGGAGUGCCCGGCGUCUCGGCGCCGUCAGCCGACAGGGACGACGCCGCCCGCACGGGACGACCGUCGCUCGCGUCGGCGCAGGACUUCGGUCUGGCGGACAGCCUGAGCCCGUGCCUAA